ACGCUCACACUCCUUCCCUCCGAUGCCGACUGGAUGCAGACUGGGGGGUUUCCAGCAGCUUCCUGAGUCUGUCCUCCCUCUCCUCUCCUUGCCUCUCCUCCCUACCCUCCUCCUCCUCCCCCUCCUCCUCCUCCUCCUCCUCUUCCCUCUCCUCCAACAUCCGGAGCUUCUCCUCUUCUGCCUCCCCUUUCCUCCUGCUCCUCACCACCAGGAUGUGGCACACGGUGGCUCUGCUCCUCUCUGGAUUCUCUGCGUUGAUUCAUGUGUCGGUGCAGGGUCCUCACCAGAGGAACCUGCUGAAGAAUCUCCUGAAAGACUACAACCGGAUGGAGCGCCCGGUGGGAAAUGACUCCCACCCCCUCACCGUUGUCUUCUCCCUCAGUUUGAUACAGAUCAUGGACGUGGAUGAGAAGAACCAGGUGUUGACCUCUAACAUGUGGCUGCGGAUGAGCUGGUUUGACCACUACCUCCAGUGGAACCAGAGUGAACAUCCCGGAGUUAAAAACCUCCGCUUCACCACAGACCAGGUGUGGACACCAGACAUCCUGCUCUACAACAGUGCAGAUGACGACUUUGACUCCACCUUUAAGACCAAUGUUCUGGUGAACUCCAGUGGCUACGCCGAGUAUCUGCCCCCAGGAAUAUUUAUGAGCACAUGCAACGUGGACGUUCGCUGGUUUCCUUUUGACAUUCAGAAAUGUGAGCUGAAGUUCGGCUCCUGGACGUUUGACGGCUGGCUGCUGGACCUUCAAAUGAAUGAUGCUGACAUUUCAGGAUACAUGCCCAAUGGAGAGUGGGACCUAAUGGGAGUUCCCGGCACCAGAAACGAGGUUUUCUAUGAUUGCUGUAAGGAGCCUUACCCGGAUGUGACGUUCGUUGUGACAAUACGGCGGCGAACUCUCUACUACGCCCUGAACCUGCUCAUCCCCUGCGUGCUGCUUUCCUCUAUGACCCUGCUCAUCUUUGUGCUGCCGGCGGACUCUGGGGAGAAGAUCUCACUGGGUAUCACUGUCUUGCUGUCUCUUACUGUUUUCAUGUUGCUGGUCGCGGAGAUCAUGCCAGCCACAUCAGACUCCGUCCCUCUCAUAGGUCAGUACUUUGCCAGUAUAAUGAUCAUUGUUGGGAUGUCAGUCAUUGCCACAGUGGUGGUUCUGCAGUAUCAUCACCACGAUCCAAACGGAGGAAACAUGCCGAAAUGGGUGCAGCUCGUCCUGCUGCAGUGGGUAGCGUGGUUCCUGCGUAUGAAGCGGCCAGGAGAGAAUGAUGACCCAGAGCGGCCCCCGUGUGCCCCCCAUCUGCGGCGCUGCUCCUCCGGCUCCCAGAGCGGGAGCAUCCCCAACCCUCCGGACCCCACCCUCCAUCCGCUGCACCCACAGAACCUGGCUCCUCUCCAAACGGGGCCCCUCCACGCGGGGCACCCUCACCUCCACGCCCAGUCCAGUGCUAACAACAACGGGAACCUUCUUUACAUGGGCUUCCAGAGCAUGGAGGACCCUUCAAUGCUCUCAGAGCCCGUCCAGAGGAAUAACAUCUCGGUGGGGCCUCCACGAGUAGCGGGAAGCCCACCUCCGCACCUGCCAUCUCAGUUCUGCAGCUCCCCACCACCUCCUACCCCCAAUAUGGAUACUGUAGGCUGUCCCAGCACUGUCUCCAGUGGUGGGGGCUUUGGAGGUGGACCCGGAGGACUUGGAGGGUGCUCGACCGGAGGGAUAGGAGACCCACAGCUACAGGCUAUCCUGGAGGAGGUGCGUUACAUGGCAGACCGUUUCCGGGAGCAGGACGAGGCUGAGUGCGUGGCCGACCAGUGGAAAUUUGCGGGCGCUGUAAUCGACCGUCUGUGUCUGGUGGCGUUCAGCGUUUUCAACAUCAUAUGCACCAUCUCUAUCCUCAUGUCUGCUCCAAACUUUGUGGAUGCUAUUUCAAAGGACUUCGUUUGAAAGCAAAGGGGGGAAAAAAAAGAGGAGGAGAAGUGUGAAGGAAUGGAUGAAGGGAAUUCAAUAUAGGAUGAAAGACAGAGUGGGCCCGGAUCCAAGGAAACACAAUUUCCAGUGGACUGUAAGCUCUGUGAUUUGUGAUUGCGAGGAACUGGGAAAUAGAAAAAAACAAAUGGUUUUCUUUGCAAUACAUUCUGUUUUGUAACUGAAAUAUAAGAAGAAAACAGAUGAGGAAGGGGAUCCAGAGUGGAGUUAAAAUGAGAUUAGGGUGAGCAGGGUGCUUUAUCAGAUUCUUGACAAGGUGAAAUGGAUUGUGGUUAAUUCAAAGCCUUUCCCCUAAAAAUUAAGGGGAAGAUGAGUCAUGAAGGGAAAGUGUAAGAGAAGAUAUCAGUCCAGUGCAACUUCAAGUAAGCCAGCUCUUUAAGGAAGGGAGAGAUUGAGAGAGUAAGAGGAUAGAGACGGGCAGAUAGACAGGGACAGAUAGAUAAGACAGAUGUUUGGCUGUUUUAUUUUCUCAAGGAGGGAAGACGUCCCUUCACUCCCACGUGUUGAAAGAAGACUGCAUCGUUUAAAGUGAUGCGAGGAGGAGAGGGCGUGGAGAGGAGAAAAGGACUUUUACAAGGACAGACAACAAAGAGUGGUCAUGAAGGAACGAGACUUCAUCCCUCGCGACAUUGGCAGAGUUAGGCGGAGUAAGCAGCUUGAUGUUCGGAUAUACAAAAGUGGACCGACGAUCUAGAACGCCGCAGCAGAGGGGAACAGAGGAGGAUCUCAUCUAUUAUUCAAUCACAUCUAUCUAAUGACUGUCAAAUUGAAAGACCUCGGAUAAUCUUUAAGACUAAUAAGCUUUUAAAAGAUGAAGUCCCCUCACUGCUCGCAAACCACUUGAAAUUUCCAAGGCCUUAUCUCUUUGAGACGAUUGCCAAUCUGCAACAAUCAGCAGAGAUCAAAAGCUCCUCAGCAGCGGUCCGAGUUUGCAGCGCUUAUCAUGACUGGGGAAACUGAAUUAACUGCUCAUCAAGGACGCAGUGGCCGUGCAGCUACUGGCCUGAACCAAUAAUAACUCAUGAAGCAGCUGCCUAACUGUGUCUGGCAGGGUCCUAAUAGACCAAGGGAUCUCAUUGGAUUUCACAUUAAAAGGUUUGAUAGCUGAAAUGAGAAAAGAACACGAGAGACUCAAAUAAGUGAAGAUCAUUCCAAAUCAAAGUUCUGUCAGAUCCCUUUAGGGGUUUACCGCUUCAUGAGUGAUUUCAUGUUUAUCUAAAAUAGGAGAUGAGGUUUUAAUAGACCUGUAUUUUCAUGAAACUGAGUCAAUGACUCAUUUAAUUAAGUGGUGAUUUAAAAGGUUUAAAUUUAAACAUGCCCCUCAAGCCGAAGAUCAUCUGUGGCUAUGUCUUAAAUUAGUUUGCCUUUGAGGGAAUUGAACUUUUUCUGCUACUUACCAAGAGUCAGACAACCAUAGCUGACUUCACUGUGUCUCCGCCAGCUCUUUGAAUGUUUGCUGAUUGUUAGGUUGGCCCACUGUAGUGUAGCUCAAUUCUUCAGAUGUCUAUGGGUCCAAGUAGCUGCUUCCUCUUAAAUGUUAAGAUUGAAUGAUUAGGAAGUCUGCCUGACCAAAACACAAGUUGUAUUACAUAUAAGCAAUUGAGAAUGAACAAAAAUUGAGAUUAUAUCAAGCUUCCAAUCUACUUCCUCUGUAUUUACUAUGGCUGUGAAGAUGCAAAAUUAUGAUUCAUAAAUUUCUGAAAGCUCAUUCUCCAGUUCACUACAGAGCGUAUACUGUGUGUCUGUUACACAGGGAAUGGAGAAUGAGAGAGUGAUUACGUGCACAGCCCAAGAUUAUAAGAGAAGAAUGAGUCACUGAAAAUAGCUAGAAGCAACAGCAAUCCACCUGCGUGUGUACCUUUAACAACUCUCUGUACAAUUCACCACAGAUAAUUGCUGUAUUUCUCAGUGCUUCGCUCAAGAUGGUGUCAUAUCCUCCUCUUAUAAUAUUAGCUUACAUGUGGUACACGACCACUGAUAAUAAUUAUAGAUAUGUCAAGAAAAAUAGUACGGGAUUCUUCUGUAUUUGUGAAAACAGCAGUAGUACUAUAAAUAAUAGUUGUUGUUUAUUGGGUCAUGCACAUACAAGCACCCAGCCCACAUAGUUCUCUUUGUCAGAAAAGAACAAAACUGGUAAAAAAAACCAAAUGUUUAGUAUUAAAUCCUAGAUACAGUGUGUUUCCCUGCAUUUGAGUGGCUCAUACCUGUGAACUGACAUGAGCUCACUUUUCAACCAUCAUUCAAAGUAUCAGCAGAGACACAAAGAAGUCAUUCCUCAUUUUUCUGCAGUAGGAGAAAUUCCUCAAAAACAAAAAAAAACUGUUAAAAAGGUAAAGCUGCCAAAUCCCAAUAACAACAACAGCAACAACAAAUCCCAUGAAAAGACCCAAACCUACAUCAGGUCUGUCUGUCAAUACUUUCCCACACUGUGUGUAGCACAGAGGUAAUCCUUAAAAACAGGCGGCAAUUAUAUUGUUUUAUUUUACUCCUAAAAACAAGCCUAUCUCACUUCCUACAACAGCUGUGUACUGUAGUUUUGAUCAAACAUUACUCAAAAACAGACAUGGAAAAAGAAGUGGAAAAUUGUACUCAGGUAAAAGUACUAUGAAGAAGUAAGAAGUAAAUGUUCUUGUGUAAAAAAUACACAAAGUAAGUCAGUAAAUGUGCUCUGAGUAAAUGUUAUUCAGUGGUAAAAACUAUAAUAUUGUGAUAAUAAUAAUAUAUGAUAAAUCUGUUAUCUGUAAGUAGGCUACCAGGCAAAUAUGCAGGUGUAUAUACUUUGGUAUUUCAAUGCAUAAAGGUGCCGUUUCAGGUGAAAACAGCAAAGAAAGCAAACAAUAAAUUCUAGUCAGACAUCUUACAGCCUGUGCACUCACCUGAUAAUUACAAAUAUACACUCAGUUGGCAGUCCUGCAGUAAAUCCUCCCUUAAUAAAAGGUCAUCAUUUUUAGUUUUAUUAAAAUUGUUGUUAAAAGAGUUGUCAGUUCAACUGUAUGAUCAUUUUGGAAGAUGUAGUGUGGUGCUGUAAAGCUGAAUUAAAUUAAACAGAAAGAUGUUUGUUAAUUAGCCUGUCUUCAUGAAUAUAAAUGGGGUAGAAAAAAGUAAUAGGAACACCUGGACACCACGGCGGGUGUCCUUAGACUUUAUGUAGCAUUAUUAAACCGAAUAAAUCAAAUAGCUGCCGCUUCUUAUAGAAUGAACAGCAGUUUAAGCAGCAGAAAAGAUGGAGAUGUACAAACAACAUAAACUCCACUGUGCAACAUGCAUCAAAAACAGCAGAAAGGUGGUGCACGCCUCACUGAGAGACGUGAACGUAUCUGAAGGAUCCACCAUUAGCAUUUAGCAUUUAGCAUUUAGCCAGACCCAGCAUGCACCUGUUGGUCAUGCAGUGUGGCAUGUGUGUGUCAUUUGUGAGUCCAGCAGACUCAUUAUCGCUGAUGCGGCUCCUCGUUUGCUGUGUUGUCACCUGGUUCUCACACGGUUAAUCAGAACUUCAUCAUGUAACUUGUUUUUACUCUGCAAGGAUUUCACCUUAAAUAUAGCGAAGUAAAAUACUUGGGUUAAAAAAUACUUAAGAGUGAAAUUGCUGAUUUUGAAAUAUUCUCCAAAAAAUACAAGUACCAAAAAAGCAACUUUGUUUCAGUAACAAGAGAAAAUGCAAUUUGUUUCUUCCACCUCUGCACAAACAAGAGCAAACAGUGCAUUUGCUGGGGACUAUUUCCAGCUGCGGAUCAAUACACAUUUGGUGCUGUAGUGAGUAUUUCCAGCAGCAGGAUGAUGUGUAUGGAAUUGACUCUCAAUGCGGUUCUCAUUUUUAUUGUAUUGAAGGAACAUUUCAGCCGGUGCAACAAUGUGGCUCAGUGACGUGUUUGUUAGUGUUUUUGAAAACAAAGGAUCUUUAUGACUCAGAGGGAAAACAUACAUGGACAAUACAUGUCAGUAGGAUCAAUAUGUUGUUGGUUUUGGUUUUUUCAUGGGAUUUGAUGACGAUAAGAAAAAUACAACAGCCUUAUCCUUUUACACAAAAAUCCAGCAAGACAAAAUAUGUUUACUACAUUCCUGACCUCCACUCUGUCUCUAGUGGCUAUUCACACGCAUCCUCUCACAGUGAACUGUUAACCAGAGUGUAGAGGCAGUUGUACAAAUACCUUAUCUCUACAACUCUCUUCGUCUCUUCUUCUGUCUCCUCUCUCUUCCUCUCUAAAGUCAAGUCUCCUAGCAAGCAGAAAGUAAACUUCCUGCCGGGGGGUUUGCAGAAGGAUGUUCUCCUUCCAGCACAUACUGACAUCUGAACACUCACAUCUGUACAGAACAUUUCUCAUCCUGAAAAUAAAGAAUUCUCUCUCUUU